AUGGCCCUCAUCUCCAGGGCAUCCCGUGGUAUGAUCCCAUCAUCCAGCUUUGGCCAAUUUGCAUGUAGCUACAAACCUAAACUCUCACUUACACCCAACUUGGCUCCUACUUGGCGUCUGCGGAAGGAUCUCAAACACAGACGUGGGACACUCAUGCUCACCUUCCGGCAUUCCAUGGUGACUACGGAUGGACACGACAACUGCAAAAGACCCCUGUCCUUCGUCCAGAAUGCUUUCCCUUGGCCUAACAGCACUUCCAUUCAGGCAAUGCAGCCACAGCCACACAGUUGCCAUCUGAACCCAGAGCCAAAGUAUUGUGGUCUCGGCAGCCCCCACCUCUUCCCUGCAGACCUUUCUGUCCUCCUCCUACAGACUCCCUUUUAUCUGGAGGUUCGCAAUACACAGUUGGCUUUCCAAGGUUCACAUUUCAAGGCGAUUUUGAAUGGAUCUCCUUGUCUGGCGUUAAUUGACAGUGAAAACCCGGUUUUCAAAGCCAAGGUACAAGCACUGAAGGGGCCUGUUUCGGUUGAGAAAUGCGGGGUGCCUUUUGCAGGUCCCUCCAUUGUGCCAAGCGAACCCCACGCUGACCACAGGGAACAGAAAGGGAGCGUGAACAGAGAGGUGAAUUUGAACAGCAGCUUGAGAUUUAGCAAUGCCCGCCAGAGCGCACACUCCCUCCUGCUGUGGCUCCAGCAGCAGCCGGGCCUGCGGACUGUGGACAUCCGGGCCCAGUUACUGAUCGGAUCCGGGAACAGCAGCCAGAGCACCCACAUGACCCAGAAGGACCAGCAAGAAGUGAUCCAGAAGUUACGAGAUGGAACCCUGAACCUUCUGGUGGCCACGAGUGUGGCGGAGGAGGGGCUGGACACCCCACAGUGCAAUGUGGUGGUGCGCUAUGGGCUCCUGAACAAUGAGAUCUCCAUGGUCCAGGCCAGAGGUCGUGCCCGAGCGGGUCAGAGCGUGUACUCAUUUGUAGCAACUAAGGGUAGUCGGGAGCUGCAGCGGGAGCUGAUCAACGAGGCGCUGGAGACGCUGAUGGAGCAGGCAGUGGCUGCUGUGCAGAAAAUGGACCGGGCCGAGUACCAGGCCAAGAUCCAGGAUCUGCAGCAGGCAGCCAUGACCAAGCGGGUAGCCCAGGCAGCCCAGCGCGAGAGCCAGCGGCUGCAGUUCCCCAUGGAGCACGUGCAGCUACUCUGCAUCAACUGCAUGGUGGCCGUGGGCCACGGCAGUGACCUGUGGAAGGUGGAGGGCGCCCACCACGUCAACGUGAACCCCAACUUCUCGAUCUACUAUAACGUCUCCAGAGAGCCUGUGGUCAUCAACAAAGUCUUCAAGGACUGGAAGCCUGGGGGUGUCACCAGCUGCAGGAACUGUGGGGAGGUCUGGGGUCUGCAGAUAAUCUACAAAUCGGUGAAGCUACCAGUGCUCAAAGCCGCGCUCUGA